AUUUUCUGUUUGGGAGGGUCGUGCAUGUUUCCGUGGCUUCGUCCGCCGAUGAAAGUGCCACCUGUACUAUUUUUAGAUUAUUAAUCUUUGCUCUCGCGGACCUACCAUCUAUUAACAAUUAAGAAGGUGGUGAUCGUUCGCUUCUGUGAAUUGCAACAUUUUCGUGUUGCGUGUGUUUUAGGUGAAAUUUAAGUGCAAUACUUUCGAUCGUCGCAGUUUUGAAGUCUAUUAUCUGCGGUUGCGGAAGCGAAUUCUCUCUGCGAAUUCGUCGUGCCGCUCUCGUGAAGGACGGUCGGACGGGUCUCUGACCUCUCGCGAUUACUACGUCGACGACAACACUGACUCGCCUUGCCAUGAGGCACGAAGGGUGACAAUCAGCGGGUGUCCGAGCCGAACGGAAAAUGACUGUGUCCAGCCUCCGAUGAAUUUGGUACCGAAAAGCGUGCUGAAUAUCGGAAGAUCGGAAAACAUGGCUUCCACAUCGUCCGCUCAUGUGCUGAUGAAAAAGGGCAAGCGGGCCGCGGCGACCUACGUGCACUCCGAGUGCGCCCAAACGCCCAUCCCCAAGAACCUUCACGAGCUUCUUGACCUGAUCCUCAAGCCGAGCAAACCCAUUGAUGAGUGGGAGGCCAUCGACUGGUGCAAAUGGUUGAUGGCUGGUGGGCGAACUCCUGACGAAUUCUCGGCCAUCGUGCACGGCUAUGACAAUGCGACCACUUGUGGCCUGGUGUGGACGGCGAACUUUGUGGCCUAUCGAUGCCGGACGUGCAGCAUAUCCCCUUGCAUGUCCCUGUGCUCCGAGUGCUUCCAAAAGGGCAACCACGAUGGUCACGACUUUAACAUGUUCCGCAGUCAGGCUGGAGGCGCCUGCGAUUGCGGCGACACAUCGGUCAUGAAAGAGACAGGGUUUUGUGAAAAACAUGGCCCAAAGGCUCAAGUAAACAAAGCGGCAGCUCCUGGAGACUUGAUGUGUGUAGCAGAAGCAAUGAUGCCACGAAUCAUCCUCAGACUAAUUCAGCAUCUUCGGCAGAACAGCCAUGUGAAGACAAGUGAAGAAAUGAAGCAAGCUAUCAAAGACGCAGAUGCAUUUUUGACGAUGCUGCAUGACUUUAGCGCAAUGGGUGCAGCCAUGAGGAAAGUUAUGACAGGGGCUCUCACCAAUCCUCAGGUAUACAAAAAUUUGACUGACUACGAAUCUGUGGAAACAAGAGCUGUAUGUAAAGAAAUUGCCGAGUUCAUGCGAGAGAGCAAACGAGUGUACGAGGAGGCCAUCAAAUCUUUGCCAAACCCAGAACCUCCCGAUGAAUAUAAAGAUUGCCCGUCUCUACAGCAGCACCUUGUUCACCACACAUUUUUAGAAGAGCUCGUUUUCUGGACAGUGGUUUUCGAGUUUCCCCAGAAGACUGUUUGUUUUCUCCUUAACAUGCUUCCAGACGUAGAUUACAAAGAAUGUCUCACUCAGGCUUUCGUGCUUCACUACAGCAGGAUAUCCAUGAUGUUAGAAAAGUCAACAGAUCCAGACGCACUUUCAAAUAGAGUAGUCCAUGUUAGCGUUCAACUUUUCUCCAAUGAAAGCUUGGCCAUGAGAAUGGCUGACAAACUGCACUUGCUGCAUGUGAUGGUCAUUAGUUUGAAAUAUAUGAUGAGCAACAUACUCAUCCAGAAUACAUUGCAUGAUGCAGACAAAAACUUUCACUAUGCUGUGGACUGUGCUAGCACAAUCAUGAAGGACCACUGUUAUUGGCCCCUUGUUUCUGACUUGAACAACGUGCUCUCCCACAAAGGCGUUGCUCUCAAAUUCAUGAGUGAUGACUCGCUCCUGAACAUGUGGUUUGAUUUUCUCUCCAUGUUUCAAGGAAUGAAUGUGAACACUAGAGAGACAACACAGCACAUAGAGUUUUUCAUCAAAUAUUGAAACAAGUCCCUUGUUUGAUCAAAAGCACUAUCAGCAACUAGGCUCGUGCCAUCACACCCUGAUAAGGUGACAUAUGGCCCUCUAUCAACCCCCGUCUACGAAUGGAAAAGAGUUGUGUCAAUAUAUUUGGCUGCCGCAUUAGCCAUUGAUAAGCGCCAAUUCUCACCCCUUUGCUGUUAACGUUUAAUGCGAGACGAGCAACCGAGGGCAAAUACAGAUGGGCCCUGCGUUUUGACGGAUCAACAUCUGUGACCAACUGAGCUGGGCACCUGUUGCAUAUGCAAAUCCGGAAGCAAUGGAGCAGCAGUGCAAAACUCCUUCUCCACGCAUCAAGAGGUUUAAGGCCAACGCUCGAGAAAGGCACAGGAUGCACAUUCUUAACGCAGCCCUUGAUCGUCUCCGCAGCUGCAUGCCUGUUGCUUGUCACUCGCAGAAACUUUCAAAGAUCGAGACUCUUCGACUGGCCAGUAACUACAUUUUUGCGCUCUCUGCCGUGGCGCAAGGUUCAAACGACCCUCUGGCAUUUGCCCACACCCUAACCAGAGGGAUCAGCCAGGCAACCUGCAAUUUGAUUGCCAACUCCUUGAAUACUAGUCUUCAAACCCUGCACUUAAAUGGCAGCACCACGACAACGGCCAACGAACACUCGAGCUAUGUCGAAACUUGGCAGGCAAAGUUAGGCCACCAAUUGCAAAAUUACAACCAAGAAGAAAAUCAGUCUUUGGUACCAUGCAUGUACUAAACUGGUACUAAAGAAGUGGAAAUUUACAAGAAAUUGUUCUAGUCAAUAUAU